CAGAGAGUUUCCAUGACAUCAUCUAGCAACUACUCCACUGCUUUAGUCAGAGAAUUCCUCCUCAUCUGCUUCCCUAACUUCCAGAGCUGGCAGCACUGGCUGUCCCUGCCCCUCAGCCUCCUCUUCCUCCUGGCCAUGGGGGCCAAUGUCACCCUCCUGGUCACCAUCAGGAUGGAGGCCGCUCUGCACGAGCCCAUGUACUACCUGCUCAGCCUCCUCUCCCUGCUGGACAUCGUGCUCUGCCUCACCGUCAUCCCCAAGGUCCUGGCCAUCUUCUGGUUUGAUCACAAGUCUAUCAGCUUCUCUGCCUGCUUCCUGCAGAUGUUCAUCAUGAACAGUUUCCUGACCAUGGAGUCCUGCACCUUCAUGAUCAUGGCCUAUGAUCGCUAUGUGGCCAUCUGCCACCCUCUACGGUACCCUUCCAUCAUUACUGGCCAGUUUGUGGCCAAGGCCACUAUCUUUGUUAUAUCCCGGAAUGCCCUCUUUUCUCUUCCUGUUCCCAUCCUCUCUGCCAGACUAAGAUACUGUGCAGGGAAUAUCAUUACAAACUGCAUCUGUACCAACUUGUCUGUGUCCAAACUCUCCUGUGAUAACAUUACGGUCAAUAGGCUCUACCAAUUUGUGGCAGGUUGGACACUGCUUGGUUCAGACCUCAUUUUUAUUGUUCUCUCCUAUGCUUUUAUCUUGAAAGUUGUGCUAAGGAUCAAAGUUGAGGGUGCUGUGGUGAAGGCCCUAAGCACAUGUGGCUCUCACUUCAUCCUCAUCCUCUUCUUCAGCACGGUUCUACUGGUUCUGGUCAUCACCAACCUGGCCAGGGAAAGAAUUCCCCCAGAUGUCCCCAUCCUGCUCAACAUCCUGCACCACCUGAUUCCCCCAGCUGUGAACCCCAUUGUUUAUGGUGUGAGAACCAAGGAGAUCAAGCAGGGAAUCCAAAAUCUGCUAAGGAGAUGGUAA